UAGAAAGAGAGGUGUAAAAAAAAACAUUCACUACGAAUUGUCAAAUAAAAUUUUCCCUCAUCUAAACGAAAAAUUUUUUUUUUUUGGCCAAACCGAAUCGAAAACGAAAUCAAAGCGAUUUUCUUAUAUUAACCAUGAAGAUGGCCGACGGCUCGACUAUUUUACGAAGAAAUAGACCCGGAACUAAAGCGAAGGACUUUUGCCGCUGGCCUGAUGAACCUCUCGAUGAAAUGGAUAGCACACUCGCUGUGCAGCAAUACAUUCAGCAGCUGAUCAAGAGAGAUCCAUCGAAUGUUGAUUUGAUUCUAACAAUGCCCGAGGCACAGGACGAAGGUGUCUGGAAAUAUGAACAUUUGCGGCAAUUCUGCAUGGAAUUGAAUGGUUUGGCUGUGCGUCUUCAGACCAAUUGCUUUCCGACAUCAUGUACACAGAUGACAGCAACCGAACAAUGGAUAUUUCUAUGUGCUGCACAUAAAACACCAAAAGAAUGUCCUGCCAUUGAUUAUACACGUCACACAUUAGACGGUGCUGCUUGUUUAUUAAAUAGCAAUAAAUAUUUCCCUAGCCGGGUCUCGAUAAAAGAAUCAUCAGUUACUAAAUUAAGUUCGGUUUGUCGUCGAGUGUAUAGGAUUUUUUCGCAUGCAUAUUUCCAUCAUCGAAGGAUAUUCGAUGAAUUCGAGGCUGAGACAUUUUUAUGCCACCGUUUUACGCAUUUCGUUACCAAAUACAAUCUCAUGUCAAAAGAGAAUCUAAUCGUCCCAAUUAAUGAGGAAGAAAAUUCAACGCCUGGUGAAAGUGAAGCUUAAACAUUUUUUUAAUAAUUGAUUUAAAUAAACACCACAACAAAAAUUAAAAAAAAAAACAAAAAACAUCAAAUAAAUACAAAAAAAAAAAAAAAAAAAAUUAAAAUUACAAAAAAUAAGUUCCGAUCCCCUGCUAUUGGUUUUCAUGAAAACAAAAAAACAUCAAUGUUUUAAUUUGUUUCACAAAACAACAUAAACACAUCUGUUGUUGAAAAUUUUUGCAAUUUAUUUAGCCAAAAUUAAGUAAAAAUUUUAAUGUUGAUAAAAGGAAAAAAAAAACAACAUAAAAUAAAUUAAUGACAAAAUAUACAAAUUUUAAACUUAAAAAAAAUUAAAAACAAAUGAAAAAGGAACUUUCGUGAGACAUCUUUAUGAACUUCAAUGGAAAAAAAGGAGGACGAUGUUUUCUUAGAUGAAAUGAAGCUUAAAGAAACAAAUAUUUUAACAACUCAUUUUAUUAUUACUUAUGUACACCAUUAACCCAUUGUAUUGUAUUAUUAUUAUUCUGAUUAUUAUACAAAUUAAUUAUUUUUAUUAAUAA